ACCUGCAAAUAGUUGUAGUCAUCAAGCCACCUAAUAAUCAUAUUAGCUGGUUAAAGAAACUUGUUUUUCUUUCUUUGGUUUUUUCAUCUGAUAACAAAUCCAGCCAGUAGAUUUUCUUGAGAGUGCAGAUAUGAUGAAAGCGAGAGAAAGAAAGAGAAAAUCCAACCGGAUCACCUGCUACCAUCGUGCAUGAUAUAUAGUUUAGGGCUCCCGGGAAGCUCGGCUUCCUUUCUUUCUUGUUCCUCCGAGUCAAAUAAAGAUCGCUUUGUUCCGGCGAGAGAACGUGAUCUGUGCCUGCUCCGCCCUCACCCUUGUACUACUAUCUGUUGGUUACCAUGGCACUAAUGCUUAAUCUAGCUAGCCCACUCAGUCCGCAAUAAUACUCCUCAACAGAAAAUAGCUAGCCACUAGGAGAAGAAGCAGAUAGACAGAGACACACCAACAAAUAUGGAUGUAAACAUGGAAAAUAAAUGGGAGAAAUCAUAAAGUAACCACUGCUUCACCCUUUUUUUUUGCUCUCCUUUCAAAAAGAGAUCUCUUUCAAAAAAACUGUCAACAUUUCCUUAGCAUCGACAAAAGAACUGUUUAUUAGUGGGCUGCCACUUCCUAAACACUGGACGACAUGUAUCGGCGGCUGCCUAGUAGGCAAGAGGUGGCCGCCUACUCAUUCUGGCGUGCCAGUGCCUAGCCAGUUGCCCACACACAUCACCAAGCGCGUAGCACGUAGUACCUUUAAAUAUACACGUCACAAUUCUAGAUUUUACAACUCGUUUCCCUCCUCCCCUCCCCAGACUUUAGACUUGUUCCUUCGGCUCAUCACCUCCAACUCCAAGACCAGGAGAACCUUCGUUCGUUCUCCUCCAGUUCUACUUCCCCAAAUCAAAUCAAAUCAAAUCCCAAUACAUGAGAGCUAGCUCCUUCUAGAAGCGUAGUACGUAUCUUUCCUGCAAGACAAGAAGCAGCACAUGCGACAAGAUUAAGGAACAAGCGAGGCUGAUUAAAGGCGCACGUUCCGGUUCAGAUUAUAAGUGCGGCCGCUGAGCGAAGCCCAAAAGGCUCACCGUAAAGCAAGGAGCAAAGGUGAGGAUCUUUCCGUCGCUUUUGCACUUCUUGUGCUAUCAAUCAGAAUCAGGGUUCCUUGGGAUAAACUUUUUUCCUUGAUCUCCAGUCUUCACUACCAGGUGACCGGCUCUCCGACAAAUUCAUUCGUGCAGAUAGGGUAGCGCCCAUGGGUUGUGGGGCGUCGAAAUGGAAGGAUCCCGGUGUUGUGCGCCGGGGGAGGCCAAGAAGCGUCGGGGAGGUGGUCGUCUUCCUCCCAGGGCUGAGGGUACCAAGAACCGUAGACUUCCCGCAGUCUCUCGGGGAUCACCUCGACACGAGCACGGUGGAGAGGCUGUCGGCUCUACGAGCAACGGUCGUGACAAUGGCAAUGCAGGAAUCGGCCAUGGCCCUGAAGCCGCGGCGAAGGACGACGCGGCACGGAGGAUCUGGCACUGCUAAUCUUCUCCAGGCUUUGGAAGAGUACCUGCCGGUUCUGCUAGGGCUGGUGAAAGAAAGCAGUGAUCUGAGAAACAAAGUGCAGUUUGUUUGGGCUAACCAAGAGGACGAUUCUGAGGAGACAUCCAUGGCCGAUGCUUGGUAUGAGGUGCUGUCUGUGCUGCACCUCAUGGCCAUGGUGUGCUUCCUGCAGGCCAACUCGCUGCUGCUUCCGAGGUCAUACGGCGACGGCCAGGGGCCGAGAGUAUCUGAAGAGAGCAGGCGAGCCACUGUUGAUGUUUUCUUGAAAGCAGCUGGGUACUUGGAUUGUGCAGUUAAUCAAGUACUUCCGCAGAUACCGCCUGAAAAAAGAAGGGCACUCCCAGUAGAUCUAGUUGAAGGAAAUCUAAAAGCUCUUAGCUUGCAAGGACUUGGCCAGGGAGUUGAUAUGCAACUUGGAUUGGCAAUUGAUAAUCCAAAGGCCACUUUAGCAGUCAAACGGCGUUUAGCUUGCGAGAUGGUCAAAUAUUGGCAGCAGAUUAAGGAUAGCAUACCAGAGCUUCCUUUGUCGGAUGGAUGGGCGAAAAAGCACACACUAUUUGUAAAGUGGAAGUAUGCUGAAGCAAAGGCUGCUGCAUACUACUUCCAUGGGUUGAUUCUUGAUGAGGGAAACACCGAGAAAUCACAAGAGAUGGCAAUAUCAUCCCUACAAGCGUCAGAGGAGUUUCUGAAAGAGAGCAAAAGAGCCUCUAAGGCCUUCCAUUCAACUCCUCCGACAUCAAGGAUCUCAACUCCUUUCGGAACAACCAAACAUCUCUUGGACAUGAUCCCAAAAGAGACAUUAAGCAAGCUCCAGAAUAACCAGGACCUUAACACCCAAGAAAGACCAUCAAAUACCGGAGUCAGCCAGAUCAUCACACCGCCGCCUCCAUUGCCAGAUUUCCCUUUGGCCCUAAAUCCUGAGGAAUAUGAGCUCCCCCAAUUAGACCCACUGUUGAAGAAGGAAGCUAACCACUAAUGAAGUUUCGUUACCAAGCUCAGGCAAGAAAGAAGGCCUUCUUCUAAAAGGGAUAACUCCUCCGCAGCUGAAAAAGAGCAUAAAUUCUGCAACACUUUAGAGGGCAACAGUGAGAAACGAAGUCUAUUACGCCGAAUGUUAGAAAGAAAAACAAUUUUAUUAAUGUCGACCAGUUAAAAUGAAUUACCAAGCUAGUCCAAGGAUCUGAAGAGCAUUGUACAGACAGAUAUUUUCGUUUGAAUUACACAAAUGCUUUUGUUGA